AUGGAAGGCAAACCACAUGAUGAGCUACCUGAAGAUGUGAGAAAGCACAACGAGGAAAUGGCGCAACGUUACGAUCGACCCUACAACCAUAUCGCUGAUGAAGGCACCGUUGAAAAGGCGUUUAAGAAGAAAUAA